AUGUCGUUGUCGGCCUUGCAAGAAGAAGCCGACCUCGGCGAAUUCUUCGACUUCCAAAACGCCGUCUCGGAUGGCGGUAGCAUGCAAACUAGCAAUGCCAUCGCUGAUCUAGAUUGUCUUUCUCAUACAGUAGAGAGCCAUCUCCACGAGGGAACAACCGUCCCCAGUUUCGCCAACGAGGAAAUAGAGGCAGCAGAAUACAGCAACUUCUCAAGAUGGAUUCCUCGAUUCAUUCAACCGGAUGUAGCGUGUACCUACUGUCGAGAUCGUAAGCUCAACUGCUUUCUCAGUUAUGGAAAGGUCACUUGCACUGCUUGUGUGAGUAAUAUGCUAUCAUUGCUGCCUAACAAAUUUGCUGAUGACAUGCCCCAAGNNGACACUCUCUUUAGACCGUGUAGCUUCGUCAACCCUCAUAGCCACAAUGCGUAUGUGCCUCCCGAGGGCGAGUCGUCGAUGGGCCUUAUCGAUACCUUACAUCCUAUAGGAGAGGAUUUCCCUCAAGAACAAGGGAAGUUGACCGGCGUUCGAUCACUCAAGUCAAUGCCAGACAAGAAGUCCAGCAGUCGCUUCUCCAAGACUGCUGUGAAGGUACUGAGGGGCUGGUUGGAUGAACACCAAACCAAUCCCUACCCAACAGAGGAAGAGAAAGAGCAGUUAGGUCGUACCACUGGACUGCGAGUUGCUCAAAUCAACACUUGGCUCGCCAAUGCUCGUCGUAGAGGCAAAGUCGGUGUCAAGAACAAGGCUACCAUGGACGGCCUCUCACACUCAGCUACCACUUCGCUAUCACCCACAGCGGCCAUUGGCAUUCCCGGCUCUACAGAGAUCGAAAUUAACAAGUGGUCCGACAUGAACCCUCUCGAGCGAUGGAAGCACUCACCUCCUCAGAACGAACCUGCUCCUUUCAAUGCUAUCGCCGACGCUUUAGACAGAAGAGAUCUGCCUGACUAUGCAGAGGAGUCAAGCUCAGCAUCAACCUUCGGCUGGCAAGGUCUUGAGUCGAGUCAGGAUGAUUCGUCUUUCUCUCACAACAGAGCAGGAUCUGUAACGUCUAUGGAAAAGUCUACGUCAAACUCUGCUGCAUCAUCUGCGGCAUGGUCAGGCUCGCGCGAUUCGUUCGGAUCAUAUUCAUCAUUUGGAAGCAGUCUCAACGGCAGGAAAGAACGAAGACGCCGCCGAAAGCUGCCUGGGCCAGUUCUCAAGAAGCCGUCAAAUGAUAAGAACGUCAAGAAAGACAGAAUCUAUCAAUGUACAUUCUGUACAGAUACCUUUGUAACCAAGUAUGACUGGCAGAGACACGAGAAGACGUUGCAUCUGUCAUUGGAAAAAUGGAUUUGCUGCCCUUUGGGCCCUGAGACUCUCGAUCCCGUCACAGGCAAAGUCAUCUGCGCUUAUUGCUGCGCUCCAGAGCCAACCAAAGAUCACAUCGAGUCACACAAUCAUCGACAAUGCUUGGAUAAAGGAUUUGAAGGUCGCACAUUCUAUCGCAAGGACCACCUACGGCAACAUCUUCGACUUGUACACGAAUCGAAACUUCUACCCCACAUGGAAGACUGGAAGACAACCUUGUCCAACAUCAACAGCAGAUGUGGCUUCUGUGACAAGCGGUUCAACGUGUGGUCAGAGCGCAAUGACCACUUGGCUGCACACUUCAAGGAAGGAGCUAGGAUGAGCGAUUGGAGAGGCUGUCGAGGUUUGGAUCCGGCUAUCGCUGCUCUUGUCAACAGCGCCAUGCCGCCUUACCUCAUCGGCAUCGAGACAGACUCGGUCAACCCUUAUUCGGCUACAUCCCCUUAUAGAUGUAUGACCCUCCAGACACAUCUUGAUAAUGGAGGCGCGCCAACCACAUGCUGGGAGAUCUUGACAGUACGACUUGGAAAAUUCGCUAAAGAGCAAACUGACAAAGGCAUCAUCUUGACCGAUGAGAUGCUGCAGACACAAGCACGUCGCAUCUUGUACGACUCUGACGAUGCCUGGGACAACACCGCGGCCGACAAUCCUGAAUGGCUCGACCUUUUCAAGAGAGCUCAUGCUCUGGAUUACAUUCCAACCGAGGUGUCGGGUAUCGGCAAGAACAUCCCUGAAGACCUCGAACUCUAUACAGACCUGGGUAUGAGGAUUCCCUUCAGCGUGCAGCUAGCACAUGGCAUGUCAGUCGAUUACCCACCAGCCGGUCUACCAACCGGGUCAAGGUACUCUGAGCUCUCUGAUUCGAAGAUACCACAAGAUCGAGCAAUGGCUUUCGAAGGCUUAUGUACAGGACAGAAUCUGCGCAACGCUUCUACCUCUGGCAGAUCAUCCCUGUCGCAGCCUUCACCGCAGCAUGGCUCCAACUUGGCCACACCAGCAACUUAUCAAACCUAUGGUUCGACGCCUUUGAAACUUGACACACCUCACGAUAUGGGCUCAAACAGCUGUUUGGAUGCAGAUAUUGAUGCUAUCUUGGCAGAAGCAGGCUACCAGCCAGCACUUCAAACCAGUGCAGGCGAUCGAGCUCGGCAGCAGAAUGCAGAGUUGGCACAGAAGCACGGACUAGAUUCUUCUCUGACGCCAGAAAAGGCACAAGAACAGCUGGCCGAGCUGAAUGCGGCCAUGGCGGUGCUCACCGAACAGGCAGUCUUGUGCGAUGUACCGCUAUCCGGGCAGUCGUCAAGCACAUUGGACUAUCCAAGCUUGAGUAUGGAAGCAGAACUUUCAGACUUUCUCAAUGUUACAAGCACAUCAGCCGAUGAUAAUCUUNUUACGACGACUUGGGAGAACAAAGAUAAGUUCGCAAUCAGCACAGCCGGACAAGGUUCUGGCAUGAUGGCGAUGGAUAUGACAAUGCAAGACUUGGACAUGAAUGAUAUACAGUUUGGAGAUAUGGAUUUUGGCUUGGGCUUUCAAUGA